UAAGUCCGUCUCUUCGCCAGCCAGUUCUGUCCAGUCGUCCUGCACAGGCACACUAAAAUGGCGUCGGCUCCGGAUUACAGCUCCUACAACCAAUCCAGUGCCCAGCAGGGGUAUGCUUCAUAUGCUGCCCAGCCCUCACAAAGUUAUGGACAGUCUGCCCAGCAGGGUUAUAGCCAACAGAGUUAUGGAUCAUAUGCCCAACCCGCUGCUGCUGACAGCAGUUACACUCAGACAACACCUGCAGCUGGAGGCUACACUCAGCAGCAGCAGCAACAGUAUGGGUCCUCGUAUGGUCAACCAGCACAAGCUGGCUAUCCUGCUGCCCAGUCCACCACUCAUGGCUACACCCAGUCAGCCCAGGGUUAUGGAGCCAGUGGUUAUGACAGUACUCCUGCUGCUGCUGCUCCAGCUGCCUCCCAGUCUUACGGCUCUCAGCCAGGUUACACUGCCCAGUCAGCCUACCCUGGCUAUGGCCAGCAGCCUGCUCCCACUGCACCACAGAGUUACAAUACUAACAGCCAACCGACUAGUUACAACCAAAAUAGCUACUCCCAGCCAGCAGCAUAUGGCCAACAACAACCUGGCUACCAGGCCCAGCAGGCAAGCUAUGGCCAGCAGCAAAGUGGGUACCAACAGCAGACCCAGCAGCAGCCACAGGCUCCUCCUGCUUACCCUCCUCAAACUGCUGGUUCCUAUGGGCAGCCCCCAGCCAACCAGUAUGGCCAGCAAGGCGGACCACCCAGUUACCAGUCCAACCAUUACAAUAAUUACAGACAGGAUGGCCAGGGUGGAGGUUCUGGUUACUCUGGCUCUGAGUCCUCAAGGUACCCAGGGGGAGGGGAAAACAGGGGCCCUGGCAGGGACGGUUUUGACAGAGGUGGAAUGAUGCACCGUGGGCGUGGAGGCAUGGGCCGUGGCAUGGGCAGCGCUGGAGACAGAGGUGGCUUCAGUAAGCCUGGUGGACCCAUGAACAGCGACGGCGAGCGUGAAAUGGGACGCCCUGAGGAGCAGGACGACUCUGAGAACAGCACAAUCUACAUCACAGGGUUGACUGAAAAGGCCAACCUGGAGGAGAUGGCUGAAUUCUUUAAACACGUUGGCCCAAUCAGGAUGAACCGCAGACUUGGCCAGCCCGCCAUCAAUAUAUACACUGACAAGGACACGGGGAAGCCUAAAGGAGAUGCCACCCUGUCCUAUGAGGAGCCUGUCUUUGCUAAAGCAGCUGUGGAGCAUUUUGAUGGUAAAGAGUUCCAGGGCCGAAGGCUGAAGGUGUCCAUGGCACGUCGUAAGCCCAUGAUGGGUGGAAUGAGAGGUGGCAUGCCCAUGCGAGAUGGCAUGAUGGGUCGUGGAGGUAUGAUGGGCCGUGGAGGUGAGCGCGGCGGGUUUGGCCCACGUGGCGGCCCCCGUGGUAUGGGCAGAGGUGGACCUACAGGAGGCAACAUGCAGCAGAGAGCUGGGGACUGGGAGUGUCCGAACCCGGGUUGCGGCAACCAGAACUUUGCUUGGAGGAUGGAGUGUAACCAGUGCAAGGCUCCCAAACCAGAAGGGUUGGGCGGUGGCCCUCCAUUCCCUCCUGGAGGUGACCGAGGCAGAGGAGGAAUGGGAAUGCGUGGAGGCAGAGGUAUGGACCGUGGUGGGCCGGCCGGAGCUGGAGGCCCUGGUGGCCCUGGAGGGUUCCGUGGAGGAUGGGGCGGCGAUCGCGGUGGAUUCAGAGGGCGCGGUGGAAUGGAUAGGGGUGGCUUCCGAGGGGCCGGGCGUGGAGGGCCACCCAUGGACCGGAUGGGUGGCAGAGGAGGAAGAGGAAUGGGCCCACCAGGUGGCAAGAUGGAUAUGAGGGACCAUCGCCAGGAGCGCAGAGACAGACCCUACUGAAGGAGUACUUCUUGACUGUUCCUCUUGUGGAAUUUGUUUUUUAAGAUGACAAUUUUUAAUUUAUGAUUCCAUAUUUCGAUGGUUAUAGAACUGCUUUCAUACUGUGCAGUUUCAUUCAGCUCGUGUUUCCAUUUUUUCUUUAGUUUACCUAUGUUUAUGCUACAACUUGUAUUGUGCAUGUUUUUUUUAUUGCUUUUUUAAAUAUGCAGAUUAGUUUUGUCAUUGUAUUGUAUAAUGCAAUAUUUUCAUUUGUUGACAAUAAUUGCCUACCCUUUCCCAUAACAAUUGUAUAAUUUGGGAAAUAAAAUUUUACUGAUUUGA